CUAUAUUAGUGUCCUUAAGAAGAGUUGUUCUUCGAAUCUGUUUCGCUGGAGACCAUAGGCCUCCAUGCAGCCUCUACUUGUUGCAACAGCGGUGUGCUAGCCACGAUUACUUUGAGCAUUACAAAUGUACCCUGCGGAUCAAGAAUGGGGAGGGUUGUAGCAACAGUUUAUAAACACGUUUCACCACGGAACGAGAAAUGGAGAGAGUGAGUACUAGGGUCAAAGCGAGGUUUCCGACAGCCAGGGACAGUAGUGGGGGGCUCAAGCAGCGGCUUCCAGGAUAUGGCAGUCAAUUUAUGGGUCAAGCUACUACGUACUUCUUCUAUGAUUUUCCGGAGGAUCGGUUUCCUAAGGAUAUGUGGUUUACAUUCUGGUCAUUUCGGAAAGUGGCAGAUGUUUAUAUUCCAACAUGCAGGGAUCGAAGAGGACGUCGAUUCGGUUUUGUUCGAAUGGUAGGGAUUUCAGAUGUCAAGGAUAUGGAGGGGAAAUUGAAUCAGAUCUGGUUAGACUCAUACCAGCUCAAGGCAAAGGGGAAGAACGGAAAGGAGAUCUCAGAUUUUAAGUGCGUUCGGGAUGGCACAGAUUCUGUGUGUGUUAAGCAAGAUAUACCGUUGAAGGUGGGGAACGGGGAGCCAGAGUUGGUGCUAGAGUUUUCUCCCACGGAGGGUGAGACUACAUGGUUGAAAAAAGCAUGGUGGCAGUGGUUCAUUAUCUACUAUGCUUCAAAGAACAGACUGGUUUGGCUUCGUUUUACCGGUGUGCCAUUGAAAGUCUGGAGCGAGAGGUGUUUCACAGAGUUAGGUGGCCUAAUUGGAGAGGUGAUUCUUGUUGAUGAAGACACUAGGAAAUCAGAUACAGAAUAUUUCGACAAUGGAUAUGAUGAAGCUGAAGUUAAUGCAGACGGUUUCUUGGGGGAUGAUGGAGAGAAUGAAGCCGAAGAUUGUGCGGUAACGUCAGUGAAUUCAAAAUGGCUUCUAAAAUGGCAUGCUAAUUCUAAGGAAGCAAAUUCGAUGGAGUUGUUGGAAGAUAAUGGACCAGCAAAACAUGGGCCUAUUCAGGGGGAGUUGGAUGGGCCAACUGUUGAGAGGGUAUUGGAUAGGCCGAAUGUUGAGGGGUUAGAUGAUGUGCAAGCUAAACAUGGGUCGGUUGUGGGGGUGUUGGACGGGCCAAAUAAUGAGAGUUUGGAGGAAAUGCAGGCUGAAACGGGAUAUGUUAAGAGCAGUGAUGGGCAGAAUCGGGAAUUGAUUCAAAGAAGGAAAAAAAGUAAAAAUCUGGAGAUGCUUUAUGCAGGGGCUCAACAGGCCGAGAGGCCGAGGGAGAUGGGGACAAGAAACAUCACAGCGAGAUCAAGAUUUCGAAAGGAAAGAAAGGUACAUGAACAGCAAACAGAAAUUCCAGCUGAUGAGCAAUGUGCUAGUGUGUCCGAUGGAUGCAUUCAUAAUCGGAAUAAUGUAAUUUUUUGGCAAUUGGAGCUAGAAGAGGUUAGGAGGCUGUUCCAGAUGGGGCAGAGGCUAGGGAUUCAAUGUCAACAAAAUGAAGAUGAGGUGAUGUCAAGGUUGGUGGCUUUAGAGGAACGGGAUGAAGCCAAUUUCAGGGGAGCUUGAUGUCCAAGAAAGGUCGGCUAUUAGCAGUUUGUGAGGUUUGUUUUUUAAUGAAGAUUAUUUUGUUUAAUGUUAGGGGUUUGGGUAAUGUGUUUAAGAGGAAGGUGAUUCUUAAUUUGGUUAGGAAGGAAGAUCCUGAUUUUUUGUUUCUUCAAGAAACUAAAGUAGAAAAGGUUGAGGUUUCCUUGUGUAGAGCUUUAUGGAAUUCAGAUAAUUUUGACUGGGUAAUGCAGAAAUCAGUGGGCAAUUCUAGAGGUUUAUUGUGCAUAUGGAAUAAAAUGAGGUUUGUUAA